AUGGAUGACAGAACAAUUGACCUAAUUUUUGCUGGCUCACUUGAAAGUUUGCCUCCUGUAAGCUCAAAAAUUGUUCGUAUAUUUACAAGCUCUACAUUUACAGACACCACAAUGGAAAGAAACACUUUAAUGGCUCAAUGUUAUCCGAAAAUUAAGGAGUUUUGCAGAGAAAAACAUGGUUUAGAAUUUCAGGUUGUAGACAUGAGGUGGGGCGUGCGAGACGAGGCAACUGAUGACCACAUGACAACUGAGCUCUGCAUGAAGGAAAUUGAAAACUGUCAAAAGUUAUCCAUGGGACCCAACUUUGUGGUAUUCCUUGGCCAGAAGUACGGUUACAGACCCAUACCUACCAUAAUUGUAUCAUCGGAGCUACAACUUCUCAGAGAUGAAUUAGUGUUACAAGGUAUAGACCCUAACCUGUUGGACUUAUGGUACCGAAAAGACAGCAACGCAGUUCCUCCUAUAUCUGUGCUUCAGCCAAUUUCUUCCAUUCUUGUCAAUUUCAACAACAAGCGGAUUCCAAAGUUGCAGCAGCAUGAUCAAGCUGUAUGGUGGGACACCCUGGCUAAAAUGCAGAAACUUCUUCGAAAGGCAGCCCAUUCACUGGGAAGUAAUGGAAAAUUGGAUAAGGAAACAGUGCACAACUAUUUUAUGUCGGUUACUGAACGAGAAGUGAUAAAUGGCAUUUUGAAUGUCAAAAAUACCAAGAACCAUUGUUUAGCCUAUAUACGUUAUAUCAACAACAUAAAUCUACAGAAUUUAAAGAAAGCAUCACUUUUUCUGGACAUUGCUAACAGAAGUCUUGAUACUGAGGCUGCUAAACUUUUAGCUAAUUUACGAGAUGAACGACUUCCCAACAAAAUUGAGACAAGCAAUAUUCAGAAGUACACGGUUGAAUGGAUUGGCCGUGAGGGUCUCGACCCUGAAACUCAUGAAGAAUAUUUACAACAUUUCAUCACACAUUUCUAUAAAAAUAUCACAAAGCUAGUUGAUAGAGCGAUGAGGAAGGAAGACUCCAGUGCCCAAGGACAAAUUGUCACAGAAAUCCUGCAGCACUUACAUGCGUGUAAUAAUUCUGUACAGGUUUUCUAUGGCCGUGAAGAGAAUUUGGAGCAGAUUAAGUCAUUCAUGCUUGGUGGUUCUGAGAAACCAUUAGUGCUGUACGGAGAAGGGGGAUGUGGAAAGACAUCACUUCUGGCCAAAGCUGCAAGCCUAACAUCUACUGAAUGGUUCCGUGGAAUGAAACCAAUAUGUGUGAUUCGCUUUCUCGGCACGACGCCGGACAGCAGUGCUCUUGCACCAACACUCAUCUCCAUCUGUCAACAGAUAUCCUACAACUACAUGCUCUCUUUUGAGGAUAUUCCAGUUGAUUUAGUUCCACUUACUGCCCACUUCAAACAGCUACUCACAAACGCUAGCAGAGAACAACCUCUCAUUUUGUUUCUGGAUUCCGUGGACCAGCUGACCGGUGCUCAGGAUGCCAAUAAACUAUCUUGGCUUCCAUUGAGAAUGCCUCCACAUUGCAAACUGAUUGUCUCUUGUGCUGCAGAGGAAAAGAAUGCUGAGGUUUCCCAGGACUAUCAUCUGAUAAGGCGAAUGAUUGAUGUGGACGACCACUUCAUCGAAGUGGCCAGUCUCGGAGAAGAUCUUGCCAUGCAGGUCAUAAGGAUGUGGAUGCAAACGGCUCACAGAGACCUCUCGAACUAUCAGUGGCGGUUAGUGUCUAACGCUAUAAGUAAGUGUUCCUUGCCUAUCUUCGUGAAGCUAGUGUUUGCUGAGAUCUGUCGCUGGAGGAGUUACACCAAACCACAAGAUACCCACCUGGCUUCAACUGUAAUGGAUUCUAUUAUGUUGCUGUUUGAGCGUGUGGAGAAGCAGCAUGGACGCAUACUGGUAUUCCACGCUCUAGCAUACAUAACAGCAGCCAAGAGCGGACUCUCUGAAUCAGAGCUAGAAGAUCUCAUAUCGUUGGAUGACAAGGUUCUUGAUGACGUAUACCAGUACCACUUGCCGCCGGUCCGACGCAUACCACCCCUUCUCUGGACAAGGAUAAGAAAUGACUUGCCAAACUAUUUGUCUGAAAGAGAAGCGGACGGGGUUAGUGUAAUGAAUUGGUAUCACAGGCAAUUCCGUGAUGCAGCAAAAGAAAGAUACUUCAAAAAUAUGAAUAUGGCCACAUAUUUUCAUUCAUCAAUAGCAGACUAUUUUCUUGGUAUUUGGGGAGGAGGAAAUCCGAAACCCUUCAAAUACACAGAAAUACAGCGACACAGAUUUAAUUUGACAGAUAAAGAAGGUUCAGCUGAUCGUAAAGUACCUGUUCAGCCGUUGGUUUUCUACGCCAAAGAUGGCAAAGUCUCACGCUACAAUCUGCGUAAGUUUGGUGAAUUGCCAUACCACAUGGUGCGUUCAAGACGAUUCCAGGACCUGUAUGAAAAUGUUUUGUUCAACUACAAGUGGCUGCAUGCCAAGAUGUCGUCAUGCCCUCUUCAGGCCGUACUUAGUGACUUUGAAGAUGCAUGUUCCAAUACAACUGACAAGGAGGCAAUAAGGGAACUGAUGCUGGUUGCAGACGCUUUGAGACUUGGCGGUGCAAUUCUCAGCGUCUAUCCGGACAUGCUGGCUCCUCAACUGAUUGGCAGACUCUUGCCGGAAAUAGGAUCAAAUCCUAAUGUCAAGAUGCUUUUGAAGGAAUGUGAUAAAUCUGGGCCUGAAGACAAUGCUCUUAUACCAGUAUAUCAUUGUCUGCAUACUCCAGGUGGACCACUCAAGUACUCGCUGGAAGGCCAUCAGUUCGCUGUUUUUGGAUUCUGCCUUACAUCCGACUAUCGUUAUAUAGUGUCAAUAUCUAACAAGUUUAUCACUUGGGAUCUGUCCACAAGUGACCUCACACGAGAUGUGAACCCUGGAAUUGAAGGCAUAAUGCAGCAGUUAGUUCUCAGCCCAGAUAACAAGUAUGCUGUUGCCCACACCAACAACAAUCAGACAGUUGUUCUGAACACGCUGACAAGUGAGCAUGUGACCUUAGACAAUCCUCUGCCAUCUGGGGAGACUGUUGUUGGAGUGGCUGUUUUAAACACACAUUUAUUUGUCCAUGGAACAAAAACCUGGUGCCGAUUCAGUAUAAGGGGGCAGCUUGAAGAAGAGUUCUGUGGCGAUGAAGACCCUCAAGUUUGGAAGUUACAUUCUGUGUAUUUCAGCUGUUUGGAGGAAUAUACCUUGUUAUAUUGGCGUGGCUCACUGAAUAAAAGAGAAAUGAAACUAAAAAAACAUUUUCCAACAGGUGCACUGGAACCAUUUGAAUUCCACAGCGCAAUGGUUACAACACAUAAUGGAACACUCAUGUAUUGCUGCUCGCAGAAAGGAUCUUACCGAGUUCAGCAGUAUGAAAACGACAAGUCAUCAUUGAAGUGGGUUUUGAAGAAAGAGAUGCCAGUUGCUGAAAGUGAAGAUGACGAAGAACUACUUCAGCUGAAGUUAGACAAAGAUGAAAACACUCUUCUUGGCACCAGAAACAAUAGCUUUGUCAUUUGGGAUGUUUCGGAAAACAAUUCAAAUGCGGCUGCUUUGGCACUAUCCCUUCCACACGGUGUGAGGAAUAUUUCCACGCGUCUAUUGCAGUCCAACUCGUGCAUGGUAUCAGCUACAAGAGACUAUGUUGUGGCAGGAGUGCGGAAAAACUUAUACGUGUGGAACAUGAGCGAUGGAAAGUUAGUUAAAAUAUUGGAUGCUCAUUUUGGCCGCAUAAUUGCUCUCGAACCCCUUACGAUUGGCAAUUGGAAUUCUGUGAUAACGUCAUCAAUUGACCGCACUGUAAAAGUCUGGAACAUCAACAACAUUUUUGAGCAAGUCCAUGUUAUUGACCGACACGAACUUCAGAUUGAUUCAAUUCAUCUGUGCCAAUCGGCUGGACUUGCCGUAACAGCCACAAGGAAUUGUGUUGGUGUUUGGGAUCUUCAGAUUGGGAAGCUAAUAUCCCGGCUGGCAGACAGUCCUCUUGGAGCCAUUGUCACCCAUGCAGUUAUCACACCAGAUAGCAGAUUUAUAAUAUCUGCUGAGUCUGGUAAUAUUCUUAUUUGGAAUCGCCUAACUGAACAAGUUUUAUUCAAAGAAGAACAGCCAGGUAUAAAACAAGUUGUUUUGCUAGAAAAUGGAAUGCGGUUUUUGGCCAUUUCUACCUUAGAGGAUUUUGGCAAUGCUGAAAUAACAAAAACUGUGGCGACAGGAAUCCUUCGCACAAUACCAGAUGGGUUUCGUCUAUAUUCCUUUGAGUAUCCGGUACGCUGCUCUUCGUCAACACCAUUCAAGUCUGGUGCGAUAUCGUGCGAUGGGCAAAAUAUUAUGGUCAUGGCAGCUGACAAAGGAAGUCGGGAUAGCAUACACGUAUUCAGUUCUCGAACGGGCAGCCUGAUUGCCAAAAUACCGCUUAAACUUUCUGCUGCAAAGGAUAUAUCUGCAUUGAUUUCAAUGCCACACAAGCCAAAUUUACUUGCUUUGAUUGAUUCGGAUAAAGGAAGUAUUCUUGAUGUUCGUAGCAAACGUAUAGUGAGAAUGAUUCCAAAAUGGUGUGGGAGAUGCACUAAAGAUGGCAAAUAUGGCCUGUAUGCUCCAUCUAGGGGUGGCCUGGAGCUUCUAGAACUGAAGAAGGGACAUACAGUAAAAACAUUCAUUCCAAAGGUGGCAGAAGGUGUGUUUACUGUCAUAUGCAUGUUCAACAAAACAAAUGAAUACGUCCUUUACUAUCACAGCGGUAAAAAAACUCUGCGAAUCUUCAGAAUGUCAGACACCAAGAUGAUUGCCAACUUUCGAGUGCAAGCAGAGCUAAGUGCUAUUGAGAGUACAGAAGAUGGAACAGGUUUGGUGCUGGGAACAGUUGAUGGUUGUGUUUCAGUUCUAGCCAUCAUUGACCCAAUGAAACCUUUCACGAAGAACUACUUGGAAAAUUUACCCUCUAGGGACGAAGAGUGGAAGAAAAAGGUGGAGAAACUUAAAGCAAAUACAAGAUUCAAAGCUGCUGCAGCCAUCGCAAAACUUUCAGCGCAGUUUUGUAACAGUGAAGAUGAAAAUUAA